GCCUGGCGGAGUCUCUGGGGGAGUUAGGGCAGGAAGCGGAAAUGACGUUUUAAAGAAGCGCCUGGGGCGAGCCCGCCUCGAUUGCAUGGCGAUGAACAGCCGGCUUCAGGAGAUCAGGGAGCGACAGAAACUGCGCCGGCAGCUCCUGGCCCAGCAGUUGGGAGCUGAAAGUGCGGAUAGUAUUGGUGCCGUAUUGAACAGCAAAGAUGAUCAGAGGGAAAUCGCUGAAACGAGAGAAACCUGCAGGGCUUCUUACGAUACUUCAGCACCAAAUGCAAAACGGAAAUAUCCAGAUGAGGGAGAGGCUGAUGAAGAAGAAAUUGAAGAAUAUAAGGAGGCUUAUAUUCAUAGACAGCCCACUUCUUCCUUCAUUAAGAAGCGGAGUCAUAAUGAGGAGAGAAACAGCAUGUGCCUACAUGCAUAUAAAAUCUGCUUUAUUCCAAAGGAUGAAGUAGAGCUGCAUCAGGAUGAAGAGAACUUGCCCUAUGAAGAAGAGAUUUACAAAGAUUCCAGUACCUUUCUGAAGGGAACCCAGAGCUUAAAUCCUCACAAUGAUUAUUGUCAACACUUUGUGGAUACAGGACACAGGCCGCAGAACUUUAUCAGAGAUGUGGGUUUAGCAGACAGGUUUGAAGAAUAUCCCAAACUUAGAGAGCUCAUCAGACUAAAGGACGAACUAAUAUCUAAAUCUAACACUCCCCCCAUGUAUUUACAAGCGGACUUGGAAGCCUUUGACAUUAGAGAACUAAAGUCCAAAUUUGAUGUGAUUCUUUUGGAGCCUCCAUUGGAAGAAUACUACAGAGAGACUGGCAUCACGGCCAAUGAAAAAUGCUGGACUUGGGAUGAUAUUAUGAAACUGGAAAUUGAAGAGAUUGCAUCCCUAAGGUCUUUUGUCUUUCUGUGGUGUGGCUCAGGGGAGGGUCUGGAUCUUGGCAGAGUGUGUCUACGCAAGUGGGGUUACAGACGAUGUGAAGAUAUUUGUUGGAUUAAAACCAAUAAAAACAAUCCUGGAAAGACCAAGACUCUGGACCCUAAAGCUGUUUUCCAAAGAACAAAGGAACACUGCCUUAUGGGUAUUAAAGGAACAGUCCGCCGUAGUACAGAUGGUGACUUCAUCCAUGCUAAUGUUGAUAUUGACUUAAUUAUCACUGAAGAGCCUGAGAUUGGCAACAUAGAAAAACCUGUAGAGAUUUUUCACAUCAUUGAACACUUCUGCCUUGGAAGAAGACGCCUUCAUCUUUUUGGAAGGGAUAGUACAAUCCGACCAGGCUGGCUGACUGUGGGACCCACCCUCACAAACAGCAACUUUAAUGCAGAAACCUAUGCCUCCUACUUCACGGCUCCAAAUUCAGAUCUGACUGGUUGUACAGAAGAGAUUGAGCGACUUCGACCUAAAUCACCACCUCCAAAAUCCAAGUCGGACCGAGGAGGUGGAGCUCCUAGGGGAGGAGGAAGAGGCGGGACUUCAGCUGGCCGGGGAGAGAGAGGCAGAGAGAGGAAUAGAACUAAUUUCCGGGGUGAAAGGGGUGGAUUCAGAGGGGGCCGCGGAGGUACCCACAGAGGAGGCUUCCCCCACGCUGAUUACAUUUGCGUCAUUAGUUCUCCCUCUGGUCCUAUGCCUCUUCUUCUUCAUAUCUUUUUAGUCCUGUUUCCACCAAGAUGAGUCAUUCCAGGGACUCAAUCCAGAUGACUUUUUUUAAUUGAGUGUGCUUUCUGCAAGCAGUUCCAGAUACUUUGCCUGCCCACAUCUGGCACAUCACCUUACUUGGCAGUUGGGAUCCAGCACCUGAUGGCAAUGAGCUGAGAAGCCUCCUGGCAGCUUUCAUUCACCAGGAAGGAGGUCAGAGCAGCCUGGGAACAUCAGAAGGGGUUAUCUCCCCAAGCUGUGAAUAGGAUUUGAAGAGGAGUCAUUUGCUCUGAUCUUUUCCAACUUAAAAAAAAAUAAAAAAUCUUUCAGCUUUUUUCUUUAAUGCUUCCCUUUAAACGCUGAACAGAUCCCCCCCUUACCUUUUGUGUAGGUAUCAGUUUCUUUCCAUUAUCAAUAUGAUGGGUCAGGACUCAGAGAUGCAAUUUGAAUUUGCAUGAUGAUGAUACAGACUUGCAUUGUAUUUAUGGAAGGAAAAAUGGUGUGUCUGUAAUAGCAUUUAUUUCUUCCUCCCCUAUAUUCAUAACUAAACAGAGGAGUAAUAUUGAAUAAAUAGAGCUCUAUUUUUUUCUAUUUGUUUUAAAUUUCCCCAGUCAUUCCUGGGAGUAGUUUUGUAGUAUUUUUAUUUUUCACUUAUAUUUAAAACAUUUUUAUCUUUGAUAUUUGGACUGAAAAACCAGAAACAAUUCUAUGUUGUCACUUGUUAUGCUUCAUGGAAAGCAAAAAGUGGCAGUCAUCCAUAUUUGUUCUAGGACUUUUGUUUACGUAGACAUGCAUUGAUUUAACGUAGAGAAUCUUGCCCUUUGCCUGUUUACUGUCUUAUUUGUGACUAGGGAAAGCCAAGUUUUUAUUACAAAAUAAAUGCAGUAUGAAUAAUGAAACCGCCCCAGUGGAGGUAGUAUUUGGGGAAAGGGGAGAAAGCCAUAAAGAGGGAAAGUGCUUCCAGAGAAAUCUGGAUAAACUCCACCUGCAAACACAAUGCUCAGAGAUUGAAAAAUUGUGUUCAAGCUUUGCUUUGUCAGUGGAUCUUUAAAUAGUAAGUGAUGUGUGGAUGAGAAUGUCUUAUAGAAAAUCAGCUUCAGACUACAACUUUGAAAGAGAAAGUGAUUCACCUUUAUUGUAACUGUGUGGUAUUUGUUUUUAGAUAAGCCAGCUCUGUAAAUCAGUUGUACAGUACUUGAUGCCUAUGAACAAAUCCUGGCCCCACUGAAGUCUAAGGGAUUUUGCUGUGGAUUUCAUCGGGACUAGAAUUUGUCCCUGGGACUCUUGUACUUCUUAUCUACUGAACUUUUAAAUGAAUGUCCUGUAAAGUGGUGAAUAAUGAAAUUUAUUUCAGUAUUGUUUUUGAUAAACAUCUUCCCUAAUA